AAGCCUCGGCUGACUGUCCCCUGCUGCUCCAUCGUGGAUGUGAGGAGCACCACGGCGCUCGAGGUCCCCGACAAGGAGAACACCUUCCUGCUGCAGCUGGACGGGACGACGCAGUACGUGAUCGAGACGCGAGACGCCGUUCAGAUGAGGGCGUGGCUCAGUGACAUCAGGAACGGCAUCUGUCUCAGUGAACAGGAAGAUGCCGAGGGUGUGUGCGGGGCGCCGUUGGACAUCAGCGGGACACCUGAGAUCGGUGACCGCCUUUCACAAGUGUGUUAUGGCGGGAUCGGCGGCUCCUCUCCUCUCAUGGAUCCUCUCCCGCCCGAGCUGCCACCUCGAGCGCCUCUCGAUGAACCAGAUGGCCGGAUUCACGGAGGGGGCGGGGCUAGUCUGGGCACGCCGUUUGCUGAGACGCCAGACGCCACAGGGUCUUUCCUGUUCUCUGACGUGACGCCGGUUGAGGCGGUGGAGCACCCGCUCAGCGAGUGUCAGUGGUUCCACGGCACGCUGUCCCGCCUCAAAGCCGCUCAGCUGGUGCUGGCUGGAGGCCCGGCGAGCCACGGCGUCUUUCUGGUCCGUCAAAGCGAGACGCG